AUGUGUUGUCCGAAUGUGAAUCAGGGUCUAAUUACACUUAAACGCAACGCAUUUACAUUAAACUCAGAAUUAAAAACUCCGAAACAUAUACUAUUUGUUAAUCUAACAUUACCAACAUUACCGACAACAAGAGUGACUACACCAACAAAUUUCUUUCCAUUUUUUCCAUCGCGCACAGUCACACCAGAAGUUCCAUUAAUGGGAUCUAAUAAUCAGCACGCGUAUGAAAGUUUAAUAAUAACGAAUACAGUGGUUGCCGCAUUUUCAAUUAUUCUUAUGGUAACAUUAACCGGAUUCUUAAUAUUUUUACUUUUACCAACAAUUCGACGACGAUGGCGAAUUCAACGAGAAUUGCAACCAGAUGUAUCAUCGUCUAACAAUUUUAAUACUGGAUUCACUGGUCACCGAUUAAAUCCGCUCUAUGAUCCUUCACAAUUUGGCACAACCAUUUUCCAUCCAACACAUACGUUACUUCAUCCUAUUUGGGCACCUUCUCCACCACCACCGGCUACGUCAAUUCAGACGACUAAACAAACUCAAUAG